AUGAGUGACUUGAUCCGAGCUCGACAGGAGAAGUUAGACCAGCAGCCAAUUCCCAAGCCUCUGGAUCCCAAGAAAUUACGUGAAAUCGACAGAAAGGCCAAGAUAUUAUCAGUCGCCAAUCAACUGCGAAAGGAAUACGUUGAUUUGAAAUUUGCGCAUCUGGAGAAUAAAAUUUACCGCUGUGUGAAAAGGACUCGAGAAUUCCGAGCAGAGUAUGAUGGGUUAGUCUCGGCAAUUGUGGCGGACCUGGAGGAAGAAGUAUUUCAGCUUAGUGACAAACAAUGCCGACUUCUGGAACACGAAUAUUGCAAUAUUGUCUUUGGAUGCAUACCUAAAUGGCAUGACCAGGUUUCAAAGGCUACCCGAGCUAUUUGGACUCUGCGCUCCGAGUUUUGUGAGAUGGCACUGGUUUCCUCGCAGCGCUCCACGUUGGCCCUGGCUGCUCUUUUGGAGCAUGAAUACCUGAAGCCUCGACGAACUGCAAGAGCUAGGAUCGAUGGCCUUUUGCGCCCUGGUGAAAUCAUGUUGCGACAAUAUGACAGAUUGCAGAUGAAAUUUAAUGCGGUAGCAGAGGGUAUGCGGAAUAUCAGAUUUCUGUGUCAAGGCCUCAUCAUGUUGGAUACAGCUGGUGAUGACUACUUUACCAGAUUCUUUGAACAUACCAGAAAUUUUGAAAUUGAAUUCAACAGCGCUGCACAUCAGUAUCGCUACGAGUGGCGUUUACGCAAAAAUGCCGAGAAUCCAUUAUCUGCGGUAGACAAAGGCUGGAACGACGGGAUCUUUUCUGGCAUAAGCCAUCCUUCAUCAGCAUUUUCCUCUCCUGCAUCCUACAUAUGGGCUAUCAUGUCUCCGGAGAAACGGCUUGCGCUGGCAACAUUAAGAAACCGCCAACUCUCGGCGAUGUAUCGUCGCCUUCGUCAGACAUAUUUCGAGACUUGGAAAGGGCCGACACCGCCUUGGUCACCUACCCUCCACCGGGACUGGCGCCAACUGGAUGUCAUGGCACCCUUCACGUUACAGGCAUUUCACGUAAACGAAAUGCGGAGAGAUGUCUGGGUCCUGCUUUUGACGCUGAAAGGGCACGCUGGCCCUAUGUGGCAGAAUGUUGAUCCCGAUACAUUAAAAAACAUAUCAGAAAAACUGGCACAUUUCUCGGACAGAUAUACAGCCAUGUACAAAGAGUUCCGGUCAGAGCUGAGUAGCUAUCGCUAUAUUAAUUGGGUGAAGCUUGAUGUCCAAGAAAAACAGCAUCGGCUUGGCAUACUGAAUGACAGCCUAGCAAAAGAGCUCUAUCGCGUUCCUCGGCCAUUGAGCUCCGAUCCAAAGCGCUUCAGAGAUUGGGCUCUCAAAAUAUGUACAUCCGCUAACCGCGCUGGAACACAGGCUAAAGUGUGGAGCCUGUUGAUGCAACCUGACGGGAAGGAGACCUACAUCUCUCUGACAAAACGAUUCUACAAUGAAAGACUUGGAUCGUCUCGAGUUCUGGACUUGGGCUCUACGGAAUCUUUACAACAAAAGGCAAAACUGACCGAGCUCCCCAGUUCUUCUCGUCGCAACAAUACGGGCAAGAACAAGGGUAUAAGUCGCACAGAGAAGCCCCGUACCGUGAAACGAAGUUCUACAACUUCCACAACUGGAAAAGUUGUGGUGCCCUCUAAGGAGGUCUCUCAGUCGGCCAAGGAAUCCGCAGAAUCAGCAUCGGGCCCCCACGAGGUGAAGACAAAAUCUCACAAACGGAGUACCGCACAUGCUGUGAAGUCCUCUAAACGACUCGAUGAGAAAAGUCCUCGGCAAACAAUGUCCAGUCGGUCAAGCCAAGGGAGUAGUACAUCUUCCUACGUGAAGAUGGAGCAAAAGGAAAUUUUGCGCACUUUGUGGAAACCCAAAAUGGCUGCCAACUCCCCGAAUCCUUCUACAAAGCCGGGCGGAAGGGCAUACAGCACCCAAGUGAAAGUCUCUGGUGAUGAGUUGCAGGGAAACGAUCAUACACCUGCGGAACCUUCUACUGAAUUCAUCGCUCCUCUCGCGGUAGAAAAGCAAGAAAAACGUUCAAUUUCUUCAGAAGAUGCCUCGUACCUAGAGGUUAGAUCUCUUUCUGAGGAAGUGAUAGCCCCGCUGUUCUGGAGCCAUAGCACCCAGCGCGCACCGGAUGGCCAGAAACUCAUUGUCCAUUACUGCCGGACCCUGGAAAGUACCGAAGCAGUUGUGCAGAAGUUCCUCCACAGCAAGGUCAUUGGCUUCGAUAUGGAGUGGAAGGCGCAAGCCCUUUCCACAGACAGUAUCCAGAACAACCUCUCGCUGAUCCAGAUCGCGAACGAAGAGCGCAUUGCGCUUUUUCAAAUCGCCCUUUUCAAGCCAGCGCGCACGGCGCAGGAUUUCGUUGCUCCGUCUCUCAGGCGUCUCCUCGAAUCUCCUGACAUCACAAAAGUCGGUGUUUCGAUCAAAGCCGAUUGCACGCGUCUGCGUAAGUACCUUGGUAUCGAGGCAUGCUCCAUCUUCGAGUUGAGUCAUCUAUAUAAGUUGGUGAAAUACGGUCAGACAGAGCCUAAACUUGUCAAUAAAAGGCCCGUCAACCUCAGUGAACAGAUUGAAGAGCACUUUGGCUUGCCGCUGGAGAAGAGCGAGGAUGUGAGAUGCAGCGAUUGGACCCGUGCGCUAAAUUACCGCCAAGUGCAGUAUGCUGCUACCGACCCUUACGCUGGCCUCUGUCUCUUCAACAUUAUGGAACAGAAACGGCAGGCUAUGGACCCCAUGCCGCCCCGCCCUGCACAUGCGGAGCUUAAUCUCCCGAUUAUUUGUCCCGGUGGAAAGACGCCGAUUCCAGAGGACAAGGGACCUGCUACCCCGGACCCGGUAGAGGACGAGAUUGCCUCUCAAUCUUGA